ACGCAUGCUCCAACAUGGCGUCACAUGAUACUACGGCGGAUCGUAAUCAUGGGAUCCAAAAGCCACAGACGCUGUAGAAACUCGGUUUCGUGUGUAUCGUGUGCGUGUGUGAAGCAUCAAAAAAUAUUCUAAUGUGUCUGCUGGAAUUUUUACACUCCAAAAGUUUUUUAACCUCAAAAAAUUAUAUUUUGACGCAAUGGAUGGUCCAAGACCUGUUGCACGACAAUGUCUAUGGAUUUUAAAUGAUAAUAACUGCAACAUUUAUUGCGAUAUUUAUGUUGUCUAUCCUUAAUGCACUUUUAUUUUCACUUAGCAUUCAAUACACAAUAAAAACGUGCUAGCGCCGACAUCAAGUCGUGCAUGAGAAAGUUUUAUAAAACCAACGAAUGGAAUUUUUGCAUAGGUGCAGUGAUUAAUAUAUAAAAUAGCAUUUAUAAAAACAACGAAAAAAGUGAAAGUGAUUAUUGAUUUCUAAGGUUUUAAUAAUAUAUCAUAGAACAUGGGUAUAAUCCAGAGUCAUUGUACCGAAAGUGCAAUUAAUGGCAAUGAUGUUGGGAGUAGAAUGCGCGAUGGAUUGGGAAUUAAAACGACUCAAUAUCAACAACCACGACAUUGUCAAUCAUCUUUUGGAGCUGAGAAUCUUGGAGGACCACACACGAGAAGCGGGAGUGUAAGAUCAGUCCCACGACAACCAAUGCCAGACACUAUUGAACUUGAAAGGCGUUUCACUAAAGUCCUUGCCUCGAUGGAUUUGCCACCGGACAAAGCCAAGCUUUUGAAGCAGUAUGAUAAUGAGAAGAAGUGGGACAUCAUAUGUGAUCAAGAAAGAGUUCAAGCGAAGGAUCCACCAUCCCAUUAUCUGGCCAAGCUGAGGACUUAUCUUGAUCCUAAGGCGUCUAGAAGUCAUCGAAAACGAAAAAUGGUCGGUGAAUCAACUUCAACUCAGGUUCUAAGAGAUUUGGAAAUUUCCCUGCGAACAAAUCACAUCGAAUGGGUAAGAGAAUUUUUAGAUGAAGAAAAUCAGGGUCUGGAUGCUCUUAUAGAUUACUUGAGCUUUAGAUUACUAAUGAUGCGACAUGAACAACGUCUGUUGGAACCGAGAACAGAGUCUGAAGAAAAGUUACAAACUAGUGGUAUUAUGGAGAAUACGUCAUUAAAUAAUGGAUGUUUAAGACCGCCUCUUCAUCACGAAUUGAAAGACAGUCCUGGUGUGAAACGAAGAUCAAGACAUGUUGCUCGAUUGAAUAUGGGCGAAGCAAAGGAUGAUAUUCACGUUUGUAUUCUUUGUAUGCGAGCUAUCAUGAAUAAUAAGUAUGGUUUCAAUAUGGUCAUUCAACAUCGUGAAGCAAUUAAUUGCAUUGCAUUGAGUUUAAUUCAUAAAAGUUUAAGAACAAAAGCUCUUGUUCUUGAAUUAUUGGCAGCAAUUUGUUUAGUCAAAGGUGGUCAUGAAAUAAUUUUAUCGGCAUUUGAUAAUUUUAAAGAAGUUUGCUCUGAACGAAAACGAUUCGAGACUCUUAUGGCUUAUUUUACUCAAUAUGAUAGUUUUCAUAUUGAAUUUAUGGUUGCUUGUAUGCAAUUUGUUAACAUUGUUGUUCAUUCCGUAGAAGAUAUGAAUUUUAGAGUACAUUUGCAAUAUGAAUUUACAAAACUUGGUUUGGAUGAGUAUUUGGAAAAAUUACGACAUACAGAAAGUGAAGAUUUGCAGGUUCAAAUCUCAGCAUAUUUAGAUAACGUAUUUGAUGUAGCAGCGCUGAUGGAAGAUAGCGAAACUAAAACUGCUGCAUUAGAAAAAGUAGCUGAAUUAGAGGAUGAAUUAGGUCACGCUCAUGACAGAAUGGCAGAAUUGGAGAGAGAAUCUUUAGCUAAGUUAGCAGAGUUAGAGACUGAGCUCGGUGCAUUAAAAGUUGAAUACAUAGAUGCACUAGAAGCAAGGAGAAUAAUUGAAGAAGAGCUUGCAGCGCUUAAAAGACAAAAACAAGAUUCUGCAAGACGUCAAAGCGUUCUCGAGAGCAAAAUUAUUGAACUAGAAACUCUUACUGGUACAUUGACUAAAAGUUCUUCACAUAAUAUUGUCUCUAGUCUUCAAAAUGGAUCUGCACCAAGUUCUCCGACAUCUGAAAAUGUUGUUUCAUCGUCAACAAUGUCACCUAAUCCUUCGGGAGGUGGUGCACCUCCUGCUCCAGCACCACCUCCUCCACCGCCACCACCUCCUUGUCCACCACCCCCUCCUAUGGCUCCCAUAGCGCCAGGAGACAGUAAAAUAGCUCUCCCAGUUCCUCCUAUUCCACCGCCACCCGCGGGAAUGAUGCAAGCUCCAGAUGGUGCCAUGACAAUUAAACGUAAAGUUCAAACGAAAUACAAACUUCCUACAUUAAACUGGGUUGCAUUAAAACCGAACCAAGUAAGGGGAACUAUAUUUAAUGAGUUAGAUGACGAUAGACUCCAUAACUACAUCGACUUUACCGAUUUCGAAGAGAGAUUUAAAAUCGGCAUCGGUGGCCACAUUACUGGUAGUGGUGAAAAUGAAAUCGAUGGACUUCAAAGCUUUCCUAGUAAGAGGUUUAAAAAACCAGAAAAUGUAUCACUUUUAGAACAUACAAGGUUACGAAAUAUUGCAAUCUCUAGAAGAAAAAUGGAAAUGCCGAUUGAAAAGGUAAUCACAGCGGUUAAUGCUCUAGAUCUAAAAGUACUUUCCCUCGAGAAUGUAGAGCUUUUGCAACGCAUGGUACCUACUGACCAAGAAAUUAAGGCCUACCGAGAGUACAUUAUCGAGAAGAAGAAUGUCAAUUUAUUGACGGAAGAGGACAAAUUUUUAAUGCAAUUGGGAAAAGUGGAAAGAAUAUCAACGAAGCUCUCUAUUAUGAAUUAUAUUGGAAACUUUUUCGACAAUUUACAUCUCAUAACUCCUCAAAUUCACGCUGUGAUAUCUGCUUCAAGUGCAGUGAAGUGUUCAAAGAAACUUCGUGCAGUUUUAGAAAUUAUUUUAGCUUUUGGAAACUAUUUAAAUAGUAGCAAAAGAGGGCCUGCUUACGGAUUUAAACUUCAAAGUUUGGAUACAUUAUUAGAUACUAAAUCAACUGAUAAACGAAUGUGUUUAUUGCAUUAUAUUGUCGCAACGAUAAGACUGAAAUUUCCAGAACUAAUGAAUUUUGAAUCUGAAUUGAUGUACAUCGACAAAGCAGCUACUGUAUCACUAGAAAACAUAACAACAGAUGUUCAUGAAUUGGAGAAAGGAAUGGAUCAAGUAAGAAAAGAAUUUGAACUUCGUGGUAAAGAAAAACACAAUACUGUGUUACGAGAUUUUUUGAAUAAUUCUGAAGAAAAACUACGACGAUUAAAGUCUGAUGCUCGCACGGCAGGCGAAACAUUCCGUGAAUGUGUUGAGUUCUUCGGUGAAAGUCCUAGGCAAGCGGAUGCCAACACAUUCUUUUCACUUUUGGUUAGAUUCGCAAGAGCUUUCAAGACGGCAGAUCAAGAAAACGAACAACGAAGAAGAUUAGAAGCUGCUGCUGCAGAAGCACUUAAUAAUGCAUCUGAAGACGUGUUGAAAAGAAAUAAAUUUAAUCAGAAAAAACAACAGGAUGCCGUUAUAAAUGAAUUAAAAAAUAAAACACGUUUGGUUCAGGAGAAAAAAUUAUUACAACAAGAUGAAGUAUACAACGGUGCUCUAGAGGAUAUUCUACUUGGUCUAAGAUCAGAGCCUUAUCGAAGAGCAGAUGCUGUUCGACGAAGUCAACGUCGACGAAUUGAUAAUCAUCGACUUUCUCGUACUGCCGAGGAGUUAGAAGUGUGAUUAUUUUAUUUCUUUUUUUUUCAUUCAGCGAAAUUCUCACAUAAAUUAUACGUUGGUGCUAGAGUUUCUAAAAAAAAUGUAAAAGAAGUUAUAGGAGUUUGUCAAUAUAAAAUACAAUUAUGUUUGCAUUUUAUAACAUUUUUUAGACAAAACUUGUAAUUUAAUGCAAACUAUAUGAUAUCAAACAAAAAGUGGUUUACUUCCACAACUAUUCAAGUGUGAUUAUAAUUGGUUUUCCUAUUCUGCAUAAUAUUUUUUAUUUUUUCCCUAUUUUUUAUUAAAUAUUAAAUUGUUUAUUAAAACGCACAAAAUUGUAUAAAUUCAAUCAAAUUCAUUUUUAAAAGAUAGAUGAUCAAAAGACAAACAUAUUAAGCAAACUUAAAUAUUUUAAUUCAGUACUAUGCUGAUAAAGAGACUUUUAUACUGUAUUUUUGUACUUCUUUCAAUCAAAAAGGCUUUUGAUACAAAUAUUUGUGAAUGGAUGAAAUGAGUCUGUGUAGUACCUGCUAUAAGUAAACGACACGCAUACAUAUCGAAAACAUUUUUGUCAUAAAUUUUUACUUUUCUACUCUUUUCCGAAAAUACAGAAACAGUAAUUGUGGAUAAGGAAACCAAGAUGUAAAUAUUGU